AUGCCUCCUGCUCGUAAGAAGGCCAAAACCGGGCCAGGGCCGAGUGAUGGGCAGGUGGCCAGCUCAUUUGCCAUGGUCGGCGACUUGCAGAAGGAUGUGGCUGCUUGCGUCGAGCUAGUGUACAGCUUGCGUCAUGGUGUUGACGACAAGAAGGAGCCUGAUGAUUUUGGGGGGACGCAAGGCAUCGGCAGCCAGAACCUUCCAGCCCCGCUAGAUGAAAGCGGGCACUAUGGUUUUCCCAUUCUUGGCGGAGGGACUUUCAUGGACAUAGCUCAGAGGGCCACUCGAUCGGACUGGCUGCUGGAGGAAUCGGCGGCUCUGUGCUUUGCGGCAGGGCUGAUUGCUGCUGACGAUGUCAUGCUUUUGAAAGCUGAUUACAUCACCAUCGACGAGUGGCCGCCAGUUCUGGGCAACCUCUUCAACACAUCCAUCUUUGCUUGGUCCUACGAGGACGCCAGCUUCUGGCGUGGCAAGGCUGUUUCAUGCGCGGAAGUGGUGGCGUAUGCGAAGUCCAUGAGCUUAACAAGGUUCAAAGAGGGCGAGAUCGUGGCUGCCCGCUUCGAUUCUUGGCCCCCGCCAGAUGACAUGAAGCCAGACGAGGAGAUGGGAAUCGUGAGACUUCUUCAGUUUGGAGACGGAUCGCAGAAGAUGUUGGCUGCCAUGAUCACAUGGAUUUGCAUCCUCUUGGUCUGGAAAGGCCAUGGUCCAGAUGCCUUGAGAGCGCCCAUGGUUCAGACAAUGAUCCGAUCUUUUUUGGCCAUAGCAACGACAGUGAAAUCAACUGAGAUCAUGUCAAGUCCUCUGGAUGCUAUGAUGGGAAGAAGAGCCGACCAAAAUGUGGCAGCCCGCGUUCAGCCCAUCAGCUCUUUUCAGUGGGCUGGCAUCCUGGUGAACUUUCUGCAAGGAGACCGAGACUCAGAGUCAUUCGAUGACAUGAUCCAGAAAUACAACUCGCACCCGGUCGUAGUGGCGCACGACCGCAACGAGUCUGGCAGUGGCUCGAUAGCCCUUGAUGGACGAAAAAAAAUGGGAGUGAGGAACUGGGUGGAGAGUUGCUCCCCAGAAGCCUAUGACGUUGUUCUCAACUCGAUGCAGGACCUGCCGUACCUCCUUGGCCCGUUUGGCGAAUCGUUCGCCUACACGAACUUGUACUUCUUGGGUUCGAAAGCUGGCCUUGAUACCAACCCAGACACCAAUUCUGUUGAUGGGCCCAUGGAAGGGGAAUCCAGCGUGGAAGUCGACUGGGCUUUGAUCAUGACUCCAAAGGCUCAAGAGCUCUUCUUCGAAAAGGUGAAGAACAUGUACAACCGUGCAACAGUGGGAAUCCCUCCUGCCCAGAAGAAGCGUUACAGACUCAGCCCGGAUGAGUGUGGGACACAGCGGAACUUGUCUGUCUUGUACUCACAGGUGGGGCCUUUUCUGAAGGCCAAACUUCCUGGCGAUGAGGGUGCAUCUUUGGAUCGGAAGUUUACCUCUGGGACUUCCUUGGAUGAAGAUUUCUUGCCGUUUCUCAAGACUCGUCCCCAGCGCAUUGCAGUUUCCAUGCUGCAGAGCUACCAAGCGCAGGCGCAAAGGGACGCAGACGACAAGCAACAACUGAUCCACUGUGAAGUACAAGCCCAGAAAGAAGCUGUUACAGCUGCGCAAUGGAAAUUCUUCGAGACCGCCCUGGUUCAAGACCAAGCUUUGAUGAGCAAGGUGAAGCGUGUUCCGCUUACAAUCAAAUCCAAGUUGCACGCCAAGCUUGUGGAGCAACGUCAAUCCCAAGCUGACGCUGGCCAGAAGGCUGCCACAGGCUAUCAGGAUGCUUUCCUGCGAGUGACUUCUGUUGCAAAGCCCGACCUUGUCAUGGCAGAGGUUGCCAAGAUGAAAACCCAGGUCGCUUCCCAUGCCAAGAUCCCAGCAGAUCAAGUGGCGCUCCUUGGGUGGUGCGACAUGAACGCACCAUGGGCUCGCACGAAAGACAACUGCCUGGGCUUAUGCAGAAUCAUUGCAGCCAUUUCGGAGUCCAACCCGACAAUGGCAGCAACAGUGUUGCUUUUGCCGGACAACCCCAGGGAUAGCAAUCCACGAGGUCUUUAUGAUGAGGAGCGCCAGCUGUUUGACGAGCUGUAUUCGCUGCACCAAGCCUGCGAGUGCAGGCUCGUUGAGAACUUUGGGCGUGAAAGCCGCAGAGCGGAGGCUAAGAGCAACAGCCGCCGCUGGGGCCAAGGAAGGAUCAUUACUUCCAGUUCUAUGAUGGACGAGAAUGGCUGGCUUGACUCCGAACUGGCAGUGUGCGGACGAUGCGUGGGACAGAACGAGUCUCAGGACGGUGCUCCCAUCGCCUUCCUCCCGCGAACUGCGGCUGUGCUGGUUCCGGAGAGCUCUUCGCCAGACAGCGUCCGCAUCUCGGACCGCCUGAGGCCCUCAGCGGAGCAGAUUUCAGCCCAGAAGGGUAGCAAGAGGUUGGAAAUGCUUUUGGAAUCAGUGAUGAGAUACACCAAGCACAAAGCCAUCCUGGUCGUGAAUCUAACCGGGUAUGUAGAGGACCUGGGUGUUGCUAUCGCCAACAUGCGAACAAAGCCUACUUCUCAGACUCAAAACAAUGCAGCUGACGGCCUGCAGAUGCCCAUGGACAAGCUGUUCUACCUUUCAUGCCAUUUGCUUGACAACAAAGAAGGGGUGGCAUAUGCAAAGUCGCGGCUCGCCCGCGAUGUUUUGGAUCUGUGGCUGGACAAGAGGUUCACCUUUGCCGGCUUGAGCUUUGACGACUCCCAGCCAAACCUGACAGAGGCUGAGAAAUCCAGCAUUGAUGCUUUCAAGUUCUUCGACAACCCGCAGUCCAUGAAUUUGCAAGUGCUGACCAAUGUUGGCAACGAGUUUCACACCCACCCAGACCAAGUCCGGCAAUGGAGCCAAACUGGAGGCGAGUUUGGAGCGAAGCUUCUUGUUCUAAGAAGUUUUUACCAGUAG